AUGACCGGCAAUAGUGCUGAAGAUAAAACUUCACAAAUGCAACACGGCACUGAUGAAAAAGCCGUUAAAAUGCUUCGUGGACGGGCCAAAGCGGCUCUAACUAGAAUAACUAACUUCAUUAAUGUCGAAGGACAAAUAUUUGAUAAAUUUGAUUUAAGAAACAAACUUGAAAGAUUAGAUUCUAUAUUCAUUGAAUUUAACAAAGCUGAUUCAGAAUUGCCGGAAGAACUUUCGGAAAUCGAACAGUUCGAAGAAACGUAUUAUGCAACCAAAGUCAAGCUACAAAAAGCUCUUGAAACUGUAUCUGUGAAUUUAAAUCCAGUGCAAAUUGAAAAUAAUGAUAGUAUGCCUAUAGGGCUUUUGUGUUUUGAACCAGCAAGUAUAAUCAAGCAUAUUCCUAUAUCGGAAACUGGUUAUACUGAAGCUUGGGAUAAACUGUUAGCUCGCUAUGAUAAUAAGAAACAAAUAAUUUCUUCUUUAAUUAAAACUUUCAUGGAUCAACCAGAUAUUGUUAACGCUAACUGUGCUAAUUUGCGCAAUCUCACUGAUACUUCUGACGAAGUUAUCAGAGGUCUAAAAUCUAUAGAUUCUAAAGCAGAUUCUAGAGAUAUUUGGCUAAUUUAUAUUUUAUUACAAAAAUUGGAUAGCAAGACACGGGAAGAAUGGGCGAAACAUACAACUAAGGAAGAAUUUCCUACAUUUGAAAUGUUUCUGGAGUUUCUAAAUAAUAAAUGUGUAUCUUUAGAAUCAUGCAAUUCAACCGAAUGCAAUGAAAUUAGAAAUUCAUCCAAAAAUAAUAAAAAUAGUGCAUCUAAUAGAUUUUUCACUGCGGACAUUGAGAAAAUGUACCGUCAAAUUUUAGUAUCGGACGAAGAUCAACCUUAUCAACAAAUUGUUUGGCGAUACAAUGCCGAAGAUAAAAUACAAACGUACAGGUUAAAAACUGUAACGUACGGUUUAGCUUCCGCCUCAUUCCUAGCUACCAGAUGUAUCAAACAAAUUGCUCUUGAUACACCUAAUCCUAAAAUAUCGCGCAUUUUACAAGAAGACGUAUAUAUGGAUGAUCUUUUGUCAGGUUCGAGUAAUUUUUCAGACGCAAUUUCAAUUUGCAAAAAUAUUGCGUCAAUUUUACAAUCCUACGGAUUUAACUUGAGAAAAUGGAAUUCAAAUUCUUCCAAAUUCCUUGAAGAAUUUCCCGAGCAAUGUUCCUCGGAAACAAGCUUUGAAAUCAAUCGUGAUGCACACGUUAGUUCUAAAGUGUUAGGUUUAUUUUGGAAUUCAACAAAUGAUACAUUUGCAUUCAAGGUUAAUUUAUCACUUUCACCACCCUACACUAAAAGACGGAUUCUAUCGGAGUCUGCACGUAUUUUCGAUCCUUUGGGAUUACUUGCACCUUGUGUAGUUACAAUCAAAAUAUUCUAUCAAAAGUUGUGGCUUAUCAAGGGGGAUUGGGAUUCACCCAUUCCGAAGUUUAUGGAAACCGAAUGGUUAAAGUUUCAGGCAUCAUUCAACGAAAUAAAUGAUAUCACUAUUCCUAGAAGUGUCACCAUUGAUUCAGAAUGCGAAAUUGAAUUACAUGGUUUUGCAGACGCGUCAUCACUAGCAUACGCGGCUGUGAUUUACUGUCGUCAAACUGUCGACGGGUCCACAACAGUUUCACUGUUGGUUGCUAAAACUAAGGUUGCUCCACUCAAGCAAAUCUCCAUUCCUAGACUGGAAUUAUGUGCCGCGCACUUGUUAGCAAAAUUAUUUCUCACUGUUCUCAACUCGUUGAAGAAUUUUAAUCUUCGCGUUUUCGCAUGGACAGAUUCAAAGGUAGUUCUUUCAUGGCUAUCUUCUCAUCCACGUAAGUGGAAGACUUUUGUCGCAAAUAGAAUUUCUGAAAUAAUAGAAGUUCUAACCCCAGCUCACUGGAAUUUCGUAUCCUCCAGAGAGAACCCUUCAGACAUCGCUUCACGUGGUAUCGACCCUAAAUGUCUACCAAAUUGCGAUCUGUGGUGGCAUGGCCCGCACUGGCUACAUUCAAAUCAAAUGCAUUGGCCUACGGCUGAAUUACAUUCUACAGACGUUGUUAGCGCAGUUAAAGCUGAGGAAAAAUCAAAUCCAAUGUUUAACUUUCAUGCUAGUUCAACAAAUGACCUAUUCGUUCGUCUAGUCGAAAAAUAUUCAUCAUUAUCGAAAAUUAUUCGCAUCUUGGCAUAUUGCUACAGAUUUAUUAAUCUUUGUAAAAAAAGAAUCGGAUUCAAUAUUGCUUCUUGCAAUACCCUCGGUUCACUCACUUCUGCAGAAACAAGGGCUGCAGAAGAAAAACUCAUUCACUGGGUUCAAGACACACAUUUUUCUGAAGAGAAAAAAUGCAUUCGGCUUCAAAAGCCACUGAAAAGACGCAGUCCUUUGCGGUCACUUUUCCCAUUCAUAGACGGAAACGGUCUCUUACGGGUGGGAGGUCGGUUACAGAACGCCGACUUACCCAUGAACAGGAAACAUCCUAUCAUUAUCCCAUCACAACACAGAUUUUGUGAACUGUUAAUUCGCGAAAAACACGUAGCUUAUUUGCAUGCUGGUCCUACCUUAUUAUCUCAUAUAUUAAGGCAAUCAUAUUGGAUAAUAGGAGGAAAAAGAUUGAUCAACAAAUGUGUUAAUCAAUGCAUAAAAUGUCAUAGAUUCAAAACUAGUAACAGUUCACAACUCAUGGGCAAUCUGCCUAAACCACGAGUGACUUUAGAAAGAGCUUUCUUUCAUUCUGGAAUAGAUUACGCCGGACCUGUUUCAAUAAAAUUUAGUAAAGGUCGAGGUGCUAAAGUUACGAAAGGUUACAUUGCACUUUUCAUUUGCCUGUCCACUAAGGCAGUACACAUCGAAGUAGUAAGCGAUCUGACAACAGAAGCUUUCAUCGCUGCUUUGCGACGCUUUAGUGCUCGCCGUGGCACCCCUCGCCACAUAUACAGCGACAACGCCACUAAUUUUCAUGGAGCUCAUCGAAAAUUGAAUGAGAUAGAACAAUCCUGGCUCAACGCUCUUAGCUCGGAUCCUGUCGUUGAUUACUUGACACAGUUCUCAAUUGAAUGGCAUUUCAUUCCUCCUUCUGCCCCUCAUUUUGGAGGAAUUUGGGAAGCAGGAAUUCGAUCUGUAAAGUUUCACCUCAAACGAGUUAUAGGAGAAACAGCUCUAACCUUCGAAGAGCUAACUACAUUAACUACUCAAAUUGAAGCACUUCUGAAUUCACGUCCAAUCACAUGUGUUGACGUCAAUGAUACCGACUCUAUAAAUGCUUUGACUCCUUCGCAUUUCCUUACAGGUGAUGUGAUAAGUUCAAUUCCGGAUCCAGCAAACCUGAACGAGCAUAGCUUCAAAGGAAAGUGGGAACUUAUCCAGAAUCUCCGCAAAGGCUUCUGGAAGCAGUAG